AUGUUCUGUCUCCGCAGCUGGCUGCCCUUACUGUUCAUCCCCACCAACGCCUCACCACUAUUCAUCAUCUCCUUCAUUGCGCUUACCUACAUCAUCCACCGGCCAUGCAUUUACUGCUCCGCCCUGCUCUUGAUUCUCUUUGCAUCAUCCUGCCACUGGUCUGAUAGAUGUAUAUUCGACCUACGCAGCAACUGGUUUGCGCCCCGGUACAGCUCCACGCCUGCUGAGUCCUACGUCCCGAGCAACGCCACAACAGAGACACCAAUGGCUGGGGAUGGAAUGGCUGAAUUUGUCUUUGAUACAUUGAACUCUACCGCCAAGGCGCUGGCCGGCGCCGCACUCGAAGGUGCACAACAACGUCUGGGCGUGGAGGGACCAGAGGAGUGGACAGGUGUGGGUUUGGAAUGGCUACGUAGCCUGACGGGCCGUCGCGAGUGGACUCUGCCCUGUGUAGAUGUGAAGGUGCGGCUAUGA